AGCCCGUUCCCCGCUGCUUGCCUACAAGCAGCCCGGCCCGACCCCACAGUGCCUGUGGCGGCAGUGCAGAAGUUGGAUGGCGAUGGCGAUGACAGGGAAUAACGAAUUCGAGCUUUGUUGUAUCGGGGACGGUGGAUUUGCGGAGACUGAGAGUGGGAUGAUUGUCGCAAUGCCGCCGAAUCGACAGAUAGUAUCGCUGUACUGUUGUGAGGGAUAUCUAGGGAGAAAGCAGAGAUUUCGAUUCCGGAUUGUCGUUGAUCAUAGUGGAGGGGGUGGGGUCUGUUGGAGGAGGCAAUUCGUGAAUGUAGCCAUUGAUUUUUGCUCCAAUGAAGGAGCCGGUGUUUGCGCUGAGAGUGUCCCUUGGUUCGUGAUUGUGGUGAUUGUUGGAAGGUAGGAGAGGUUUCGCAAUGUAGCGCAUGACCAUUGAGAAGAUGGUGAUAUGAGAGAGAUGUAUGGAGUAUCUCGAGACGCGUAGUUUGAGGAAUUGCUAAUGCUGUUUAAGGUCUUAGUUGGUGUGAUGAUUUUUUGGUGGGGAGACGAGCGAAGGAAGCUGCAUUUUCGUUGAUAUUGUGAGCAGAGAGUCUUUCGGCCAGUAAGUUGUGCCUUGGAUUUGAUUUGGGAAGGAGGUUGCGCUUUUUAAGUCUUUUUUCAAAGCGCCCUUGUUGCAUUUGCUUCGGGUGCGGGACGAGAGUAGGAGAGCAUCAUAUUCGAGUGCCGAUACCAGCGUCUGUUUCUAGCACAAUUCAUCGACCAAUUCUUGUUAUGUGCAAGGUUUAUCACUGGUGAGAGCGUUGGGCUUGGUUCGUGCCUACUAUGGUGUCGCAUGCAGAUCUAUUGUCGGUCACUCUUACUUAACAACCCCCCUGCAUUGCUUCACGUGGAGAUAGUUACAGCAGCAACGGGCAUCUUUGGCGUGUUCUUUGGAUUGCAUUAAUAUGGAGAAAUAUCCAGGCGAUCAACGAGACAGUUUUUACGCUCUUACGCAUCUUGAAAAGGAUCGACCCUGAAGAGAAACAGUGCAUUGUAGCUAAGGUUACUUAGUCUACACGAUUACAGGCAUGGAGGGCGCAUGAGGCUCUUGGUACUCUGAAAUAAUGGUCCUUGCAUUUCGUCCGCUUACCACCCUUGUCUUCGGUACUGUUCACCAGUUAACGAAGUGAACAAGCUACACAUGUAAAUCGGGCUAUCCUGCAGCUGGAAGGUUCGAACAAUGAGAGUCUUCCAGCACCAGUUUCUCAUGCGGCGAUGUGGACCUGAAGAAAAUAGGAUUUGUUGGGCUUGGAAUUGGCACUCCGAUCAACUCAUCCCUUGCAGUAUUGUACUUCGACGUGGAGGCGUUAACAUUGCAGGGUUGUGUGAGAUGCAUAGCUGUAUGAUACAUGAACACAGGAGCCAGCGGAAUGAAGGACCUACGCAUAUUAAGUUUUGGCAAUGAAUGAAAGGUCGCCGAUGCAGGAAGGACCGUUUUGGUUUGCAAGGAGUGAAGUCGAAAGCCUUUCAAGCAUUUGAUCAGUUUAUGUUGGUAUUCAUUAAGUUUUUGGAGUGGCUCGGGAGUCUUUCAUCUAGACGUCUGCAGAUUGUAUGAGUAUGGUGUCAUUCCUAGCUCAGAUAAAAAUUCCGUCGAGGAAAACAGGGUAAUUGUAGUAGCCUCUAGCGGGCUACUCUCAACGGUAUUCAUGUGUUUAAGCGUUUGUCACAAUGCGCAGCAACCACUGCUGGAUUGCAGAGUUGCUGAGUGUGUUAUUGUUGGCAGCAACUCUUCCAAGCCUUGCUUAUGACACACGGGAAGAAAUUACUGCAUGCCGCAACAAUUUACAUUGUAAGAAUCUGGAGAGCUUGGCACUGGUGGUACCUUCUCGCAGAGGUUUAUUGACCCUAGGACACCCCUCCUUGGUUCAUUUUGCACGAAGACCUUUACCUUUUCCUACAUCUACAGUAACCUAUGGGAAAACGUCUUCUGAUGAAUCCAUCUCUUUAAAAGAUGCGUCGGGUCCAUCUGCACCUCUGGUUGUGUCUGCAACAGAUGCCCCACCUGAUAGUAGUCUCAACAAUACACUUCGAGAAGCUCCUUCAGCAGCGCCGCCUCCUCUUGAACCUGGCAGUCCUUCGCCAUCUUUAAACUUCACUCCUCCAGCAGACUGCCGCCAAGCUUGCCCAGAUGGCUACACUUACACGCUGCCAGGCGCACCUUCGUGUAGCUGUGUCAUCCCUAUGCGCGCACAAUUUCAGUUGGGAAUCAAGCUGGAAAAGCUUUUUCCCUUGGUGGCUGAGCUAGCCAAGGAGCUCGCGAGUGGACUCUUCUUACAAACUAGCCAAGUCCGUAUUUUAGGGGCUAAUUCUGUUGAACCUGACCAGGACAAGACUAUCGUGAGUGCUGAGUUUGUUCCUCUGGAUACGAAGUUCGAUAAUACUACAGCUCAUCUUCUUGCCACACGUUUGUGGGGUGGUGAAGUUCCACUGAACGAGACGCCAUUUGGAAUCUACUCUGUUAUUUAUAUCACUUACCCAGGACUUUCUCCUCCUCCACCCGCCCAGUUCCCUGGAAAUGUUCCACCGCCAGGUCCUGCCAACCAGCUUCCAUCUGGAGUGAACCCAAAUAGCAAAAACCAGAAGCUCAGUUCAGGACUGAUCGCUGUGAUUGCUUUGUCUUCGGUUAUGGGUGUGUUGCUAUUUAUUGGCUUUAUGUGGCUCAUACUCCUACGCCGCAGUCUGAAAGAGAAAACUCCACCUUUGGUUGUUGGUCCUCAACAUUCUUAUUUCAAUCAAAAACCUGAAGGUGUGCAACCGAUCCAACUGAGAAUGAAUGCUUAUUUCAACUCUAAACCUGAAGGGUCAUUAUUAUCCGGAAGUCUGGCAAGCUCUGCAACAAUUUCUUACGGAUCUAGCAUGGCAAACUAUAUGGGUACUGCGAAGACGUUCACUUUAGCAGAAUUAGAAAGAGCAACCGAUAAUUUCAGACCUGAUAAUGUAGUCGGCGAAGGGGGCUUCGGACGAGUUUACCAAGGGGUGCUGGACAGUGGUAUUCAAGUGGCUGUCAAGGUGCUGACAAGGGAUGACCAUCAGGUUGGUCGUGAGUUUAUUGCGGAGGUAGAAAUGCUGAGCAGAUUACACCAUCGCAACCUUGUGAGGCUAAUUGGCAUCUGCACUGAGGAAAUACGAUGUUUGGUUUAUGAGCUUAUUACAAAUGGCAGUGUGGAAUCUCAUUUACAUGGUCUAGAAAAAUAUACUGCUCCCCUCAACUGGGAUGCACGUGUCAAAAUUGCUUUAGGAGCUGCUCGUGGUCUAGCAUAUCUACAUGAAGAUUCUCAACCUCGGGUGAUUCACAGAGACUUUAAAGGAAGCAAUAUUUUACUUGAGGACGAUUACACUCCAAAAGUAUCCGACUUUGGUUUAGCUAAAUCUGCAACUGAUGGAGGAAAGGAGCAUAUUUCUACUCGAGUAAUGGGCACGUUUGGGUACGUUGCCCCUGAGUACGCAAUGACAGGACAUCUUCUUGUUAAGAGCGACGUUUACAGUUAUGGAGUGGUACUUCUUGAGCUCCUCUCGGGACGGAAACCCGUUGACAUGUCUCAGCCACCUGGGCAAGAAAAUCUAGUUACUUGGGCACGUCCACUCCUUACAAGCAAGGAUGGACUACGACAGCUUGUGGAUCCUUGUCUCAAAGACAACUUUCCAUUUGACCACUUUGCUAAGGUUGCCGCGAUAGCGUCCAUGUGUGUACAACCCGAAGUAUCUCAUCGACCAUUCAUGGGUGAGGUUGUGCAGGCCCUGAAAUUUGUCUACAAUGAAACAGAAGUCAUAGAUGAUGGGCGUGCUAAUCGAAUAUCCUCAACAGCUUCUGACUUGGUCGAAACGCAAAACACACAGUUUCUGGGCGACUCCUCCUUUAUUAGUGUUGAUUACGACUCAGGACCCUUGGAGACUUUGGAACUUGAACAGCGGAAGCGGAUGCCUUUUUCUGCUUCAACUGCUGCAAGUGCCUCUGGAGGCUUCUUUCGACAACUCUCAGAUUCAUUCAGACGCUACAGUGUUUCGGCUCCACCGAAGGCUUCUUCGUUGCCAAGAACUCCAUGGUAUGCGUUGGGGAGUUCAAAGCCUGCAGGAAGCAUGAGUGAGGCUAGAGCAGCUAGGUUCUUAGAUCCUCAACGCAGGAGAUUUUACGGAUUUUGGCAUUAGUUCUUCAAGGUUUGUCUUGGAAACAACGCAUUUCACAGUGAACUAGUGCUUGGCUCUCAAGGCGUAAGCUUGUAUAUUAAAAUAUCAUGAGCUCUCAUAGAAGACUCGAAUCACAUGGUUGCCACGAUUCUGAGUCAUCGCCCCCUGUUCUAUCUUCCCCCAACGUGGCACAACUGCAUAUACACCAUGAGACAUCAUUGAAGUGCUUUUAAGCUCUAUGGGUUCCUCAAAUCGCAAGAAUGUUGCGUCUAUCCCAUGUCAUUUAGCUGACGGAUAUUAUCAUUGGCAUAAUGGCAAGGCUAGAUGGGUUUGCGCUGGAAAGUGGUAUGUAUCAACUGGUUUGCAAUUGUUCUGGGAAAAGAUUCAAGCGCGUAUAUUGUCACCUACUUAGAGGAUAGAGCGACUGUAUUAAAGCAGUGCAGUUGUAACCCCGGCUUGAUGGUCUCAGGGGUAUAGAGGUUGUGUAAACAGCAUGUUGUUUUUUUCAGAGCUGGUCGCGGACCCGGAGGAUAGACGGGCUCGAUCCUUCAUUGGUACGACUUGCUCUUUGUAUGGUUUGCCAGCUAAUAUAGUUUUAGGGUUGGCUAUUGGCAUUUCGCAUUUCGCAUCUUUCACACAAUGUUGGUCAUAAAAUUUUGUGGACAUUUUGCUAGGAACCUUUUUUUUUCUUUA